AUGGCGUUGGUUCAACUACUAAAUCGCAAGCGCAAGUUCUGGCCUCUCGGGUCUAUGCAUGGCGUAAGAUGUUUCCACACAGCUCGCUCUUUUCUCUUGGUCAUCAACUAACAGAUUUGUAGAUGGGCACACGAAAUCUGCACAGCAGACUCUGAGGAACGCGCAAUAGUAAUCGGCAGCAUGAACGAAAUGGCCUAUGUUGUGCAAUUAUGGCUUCCACUACUAGUCUGGGAACAGGUUGCAGCGCCGAACUAUAGGAAAGGUUUCAUUACCAUUGCUGUUUUGUCUUUUGCUAUGAUGGUUACGGCUUUGGUAAUUAAGUGAUUUGUUGCGAGGGAUGCACGGAUGAAUACUGGACAUGCUGUAACAGAGCCAGUUCUUGAGAUCGAAGAAAUGACUUUGAUUUUGGUAGACGAAAGUUCAGGGGUUAAGAAGGUUGUGGUGGAAGAGGCACUGGUUGAGAAAUAG